AUGUGUCUCCUUGAUUCUGAGGUCUUUCUGUCUCCUUCUUUAUAUCCUUAUUCUGUCUCCUUAUUCACUGUCUCCUUGAUGUCUCCUUUCCUUCUGUCUCCUCGUUGCCUCCCUCUCUACUGUCUCCUUUCACCCUGUCUCCUUUGUCUACCUUCUGUCUCCUCGUCUCACCAACGCUCUCUGCUGCCGCUUUUACGCUGCAGCAGCACCCACAUCACAAGCAGCAGCAGCACCAGCAAAAGCACCCACAGCACAAGCAGGAGCAGCAGCAGCACCCACAGCGCAAACAGCAACAGCACCAGCACCCACAGCACAAGCAGCAGCAGCAGCAGCAGAACCAGCACCCACAGCACAAACAGCAACAGCACCAGGACCCACAUCACAAUCAGCAAGAAGAGCAGGAGCUGCAACAGCAGCAGCUGCAGGAGAAGCAGCAGCAGCAGCAGCAAGAUGGGCUGUUGUGUUGCUGUUCAGGUGUAUCCAACGACAGUGCUGACGGUUGCGAGGGACCUGGAGAGUACUUUAACUCCUCCUGAGGUGUCUGUGCUGCUGCUACUGGAGCCUUCAUUACAAAAGACAAAAAGGAGACGCAAAGGAAAUGCUUUCUUCGAUGUCUUACAAAAGGUAUUAGGCAGGGGAGACGACUCCCAAGAGACAGAGACCAGUGGGCAGCAGCAGCCUACUGCUGCAGCAGGUGCUGCUGCUACUGCAGCAGCAGCAGCAACAGACCCUGCAGCAGCAGCAGCAGCAGCAGACGGUCAGGGCAGCAGGGCAGGCAAAGGAGCAGGAGCGCCAACAACAGCAGGAGCAGGAGGAGGUGCAGCAGCAGCAGAAGCAGCAGCAGUAGCAGCAGCAGCAGCAGCAGCAAAGUCCCCAGAGACAGCAAAAGACUAUCGAAAGAAACUCGAUGGGAUCCGGUCCUGGAGCCCUGGGGUGUACAUGCGGGUUGACUCGCAGCUAUUUAGAACGCUGCAUGCACCUGACAUGCGGCUGCUGCUGCACUCUUGUGCUGGUAUUGUUGUUGUUGUUAGUCCCCAGAGGUGUCUCCUCGUCUUAGGAGAAAGCCUUAAUCUUGUUGAUGCUGCUCGCACGAAGGAUCUCCUUAUGUCUUCAAAUAUUCAGCGCGCUGCGUUGUUGCGUCAAGGGGAAGCAUUUUGUUCUGCUGUAGCUGGGGGAGACAUUCAGCAUCCGAAUAUGCUGCUGAAUAUAGAGCUUCAAAAAACUGUCUCCUUUGUAAUGCCCCGUCUUGCUUCUCGAUUAGAGUGUGAAGGCCUGCAAGUAGAUUUAGGCAGCUUAAAGGCGAAGUCCCAGCUGCAGCCGAGGAGACUCUCUUACCCAGAUAAUAUGGAGACAGCUGCAAUGAUUGAUUCUUAUUCGUGCGAGCUUACUGGGCUUACAGUUGCGCGGACUAUGUCCUGCAGCAGGGAUUUGCUGCGGCUGCGAAUGUACUUGGGAGGCCUCGUGGUGCCCUUCCCUCGUCGGCUCAGCAGUUUGCUGCAGCUGUCUGCUGCAGCUGCUGCUGCAGCAACUGCAGCAGGUGGAACUCCUUGGGUAGCGCAGCAGCAGCAGCAAGCCACAGCUGCAACAGAUCUUGGGGGGCAUUUCGAGACAGCGGGAGACUCCGGCUGGCAGCAGCAACCGCGGCUUCCAGGUGCAGCAGCAGCAAGGCAACAGCAGCAGCAGCAGGGUAGGAGAGGGAAGCAGCAGGAGACAGGCGCAGGGACAGAGGAGAGCGUGGGUGUCUCCAACAACGGCGCACUGCCCUCAGGUGUCUCCUAUCUUGUGCAGCCUGUAGAGACAAGUACAGUGUCUCUUAAGGUGGAUGUGGUGCAAGAAAGCCUUGCAGUGUCUCUGUCUCAACACGACAUUGAGCUCUUAGCAAAUAUAGCAGCAGAGUCCCUAGAGAUAUUUUAUUCUUAUUCACCUCAACUAGAGGCUAUCUUUAGAGACGCAGCUCAGCAGCAAGCUGCUUUAGAUGCAUGCAUAGUGCACCAGAUGGAGGCGAAGUGCUUGGAGCUAGAGCAGCAGCAGCAGCAGGAGCAGCAGCAGGAGCAGCAACAGCAACAGCAACAGCAGCAGCAGCAACAGGAGCAGGAGACAGGGGAUCAGCAGAGAAAGGCCUCUCACCCUGAAGAGGAGACAGUUGUCUCCACUGUAGCAGCAGCAGGAGUAGACCAUACAACAGCCCUAGUAGGCACCCAGCUAGCCCUCAGCAGAGCGAGGGCGCAGCAGGCCCUUGCCUCAGCUUCAAACACCCUUGUAAACAGCAAAGAAGGAGACAUGUACAUGGAGAUACACUGCGCUCUUGGGGGCCUUCGGGUGUCUCUGAUGAGGAGGGGCCCCACCGUUAGCUACAAGGCAAGCCCCAGAGACGGUCCAGCAGCAGCAGCAGCAUCAGCAGCAGCAGCAGCGCCAGCUCCUGCAGCAGGAGACAACGAAGACACCGACUCCUUUCCUGCUGCCACCUCCACAGCAGCAACAGCAGCAAGCGGCAGCCAUGAUGGUGCCGCUGGAGGUGGGGGGCCUCCCCGUAGCAGCGGCCCUGGGCUUCACCUGCAGCACCGGCGGAGGCGCUGGCACUAUGAGUCUCCUGCUGCUGUAGCUGCAGCAGCAGGCGGUGCUGCAGGGACAUCAGCAGCAGCAGGAGCACCACCACCAGGAAGCGGCGGGGGUCUGCUUAGUGGAUUUGCACAGAUUGCUGCCUCUGCCUUCGAUGGGCUUGCUGCUCAGCAGCGCGCUGCUUCUCUAAUAUCAGGGGAGGGGGGCCCCGAGGGUACUGUGGUGCAGGGGCCUGGGGGGGGCCUCUGGGGGCCCCGUGGCGGUGUCUCCUCUGCAGGGGGCUGGCUGGCUGCCUGUCUCCCCCUAACGGAGACCUGCACCGGUCAGGCCUACCGACCGUACCAGACCAUUGGACCACUGGUCACGUUGCUGCUGGGGGAGUGUUUUAUUGAGGCUUUCACCUCAACUGAGGGCUUCGUGCAGGCACUUGUCUCCUUGAAGGGAGCAGAGCUGAGAGACGAUACUAACAUCGCUCCCCUGUGUCUCUCUUCCCUCUACUUGGGCUCAGGCGCCCCACAGCGUACACCCGAAGAGGCACCGCAGCAGCAGGAGGAGACACCCCGCACACCUGUCUCUGCGUCUGCCAAGGAUCCCUCCUCAGGGUCCCCGGCCCCCCGCGACGGCUUCUUCGUGGGGGGGGACAGGGCAGCAGCAGCGCAGCAGCAGCAGCAGCAGCAGCAGCAGCAGGGGAGUGGACGGAGGGAAGAAACGGCGUGGGAAGAGGGCCCUUCGCACCGGCGGUACUCCGCUGCUCCGUACAGCAGCAGCAACAGCAGCGGGAGAGGCACCAGCUGUUCGUUGCUGCAGUGUUGCCCUCAGCGUCCUCACUUGGAGCUGCGUCUGUGGGGUAAUGCUGCAGAGGAGACAGUGGAGACAGUUGUCUCCCUUUUAAAUACUCGAGUGGUGCUGGUCUGGGAGGUGCUCUAUGAAUUGCUGCAGGUAGUUAGCCAACUAGCAGAAGAUAUGCCGACCUUCCCUCAGGCUCCACCUCCGCUGCCUCCUCCCCCUCUUCCCAGCUGGGCCCAGGUGCCUCAGCAGCAGCAACAGCAGCAGCAGCAGCAGCAGCAGCAGCAGCAUAAGAUGCUCGAGGAGCAGCUACAGGCAGUCGUGCAGAGACUCUUAAAGGCACGCAAAAGGUCAUCCUUUAAGCAGCAACCCAGCAGAAACCCUAGCCUAGCUACUACAGAUAGCAGGUGGUUCAGCUUGGCGGGAGGAGACGAUCCCAGGGACUCCGCGGCCUACGGCUCGUUUGUGCAUGUGGGGGCCCCAUGGGCCCCAGGGGCCCCUGGGGCGCCCGCAGGCGCACAGCAAUCGCUGCAGCAAACGCAGGAGCCCGCGUCCCCUGAAGCAGCAGCAGAAGCAGCAGCAGCAGCAACAGCAGCAGCAGCAAACCCAAGGGCUUCUCAGUUACUUCGAGAAUUCCCCCUGCGCUGCUCCACCCGCUACACUAUGGAUGCCUCUUCCUUUCCUUUAGACCGCCUUCAGCAGCAGCAACAGCAGCAGCAGCAGCAACAGCAGCAGGUUGAUGGUGAACAUGUUGAUGAGGUGGGGCCUCCGGGCUCCUUACCUUCUUGGGUAGCAGUAGAGAGCGGCAACGUAUCGGGUUUGUUUGAUGCUGCGCGUUUGCUGCGUGCUAUAGAGGAGACACAAAGAGCUAGUGAGGGGGCCCCCCAAGGCGAGCCUAGUACCUUUAAUAGGGCCCGCAAAGAAGGGGGUGGGGGGGGCCCCAGGGCCUCCUCUGGGGCCCCCAAGGGGGCCCCCACUGGGGGGUCCCCCCCACUGGGCUUGCUGAGACAGGCACGACGCUGGAAGCUACCCACUACUGCAUUUGCUGAGGGGGAGAGCUUGAGGGCUGUAGGGUCUGCAUCAGGAGCAGAAGCAUUUUGCUGCUUCAGCAGAAUGCCGCAGCUGCAGCUGCUGCUGCGGGUGCAGCAGGCGGAGGUGUGGCUUCCUACUGAACCUGUACGCAUGCCUACCCAGCAGCAAACAGAGCAGCAGCACUCACUAAGUAAACGAAGCCAGACUGCAGCAGCACUUUCAACAGCUUCCCACGGCGAACGCAGGAGACAGCAGCAGCAGCAGCAUAAUGGAGACGGGGGAGAGGGAGAAGGUGGUGCUAAGGGGACAGCCGCAUCAGGGGGCCUUUCUUUAGCCCCUACAGGAGCACUAGGAAAGAAAGGACGCAAUCUUUUAAAUAAAUUGCGCUUCGAGCAUGUGCUGAGUUCAGAGGGGAGAGGGCCCCCAACAGAGUCAGGUACAGUGGCAGGGUCUGCAGGGGGAAGCACCAGGCGCCGAAAAGGAGACUGGGGACAGCAGCAGCAGCAGCAGCAGCCGCAGCAGCAGCAGCUGCUGCACCACUUCGCUCCGGAUGGAGUUGCAGCAGCAGUCGUCCCUGGGAUCGUCUCCGGGCUAGCCUUUGCUGCAGCAGGUGUCUCCAGUGCUACAGCAAAGGGGCGCAAGGCUUUGCUGGGGUCGGGCCGCAGCAGCACGGGGCUGCAGCAGCAGCAGCAGCAGCUGCUAUACUGCAGCACCUCCGCACCUUCAGGGAGACGCUUCUUCACCCGUCCCCUCAAGGCCUCAGCAGUAGACUACUGGAGGGGGCUAAGGAGACUGGUGCUGCGAAGAGACAGAGAGACACCUGAGGGGGCAGCUGCAAUAGCAGCAUGCGCCUCUCGCGUGCCUAAGCUGAUAGCUGUCUCCGCUGGAUUCGAGGUCACUCUCUCGCUCUUCUCGCUGCAGCAACAGCAGCAGGAGCAGGAGCAGCAGCAGCAGCAGCAGCAGCAGCAAGUGGGGGCGAAUAGCGACGAAGACAGCAUUCCUGAGCUUGCAUUUGUGCGGGGUGUAGACAGCAGCGGGGCUUUACUGCUGCAGUGUCUGUCUCCUUACUGUCCCUUUAUGGCUCGAGCGGGUGUCUCUAUUUCUAAUCUGUGUGCUGUUGCUACGCAGCCGGAGCUGCUGUCUCCUUUGUUGCCUUGUCUGGUAGCGUGGGAGCCGCUGCGGCUCAGCAGUCCCUUUCUGUCUCCUACUCGUUUGCUGCUACAGCUAACGCUAUGUGUCCCCUCCAGCAGCACCUUAAAGGAGCGCGUAUGCGGCAUCUGCCCUGAGGCCUCUGCUGCUCUCCGCAGCAGCUACGGUUUGCUGCAAGCAGCAGAGCCUGAGGGCCUCUGUCUUCGAGUUAGGGUUGAGCCUGUCUUGCUUACGCUGGAUACCUUAGCUGUUGUGCUCUCUUACCAGCUGCUAGCAAUCGUUGGUGCUCUCGUAGAAGAAAUUAAUAAACUGUUUCCUUCUGCUGCUGCUGCUGCUGCUGCACAAGACGAACUCCGUGCUGCAGCGCAUGAGGUAUCCGAUACCCUCACCAGUGCAGCAAAGUCUGUCUCUGCUACAAACCCACACAGACAACACCCAGCAGCAGCAUCAGCAGCAGCAGCAGCAGGUGGAGCACCUUAUGAACCAUUUGCUGCUUCAGGGUACUUGCAUGCGGAGGAAGAUGCAGCAGCUAGUUCCCACAGGGGCCUAAACCCCGUCUUGGAGAGCUUCAUUGCCGCGCAGCAGCAAGAGCAGCAGCAGCAGCAGUAUCUGCAGCAGCAGCAGCGACGCAUAAACUCUACCAGAGAGGGCUCCCCCCAGCGAUUGUUUGCAGCAAGAGACGGUGGAGGGGGCGAGGGUAGUUGGGGUGCUUCUCUUGGGGGCCCUUGGGGACCCAUACCUGAGGAAGAGACGGAGACACCCUAUGUACUUACAGCCCAGGAGGCGUUGAGGGGUUUGCUGCACACCACUGCUGUGGCAGUUGAGGUGUCUUCUGAGCUAUUUCGAGUGUCUCUAUGGGAUACCUUCAGUGUUAGCAGGAAGUGCUGCUUCUCCCUUACAGUAGAAGACGUGGAGCUGAGGGGGGCCUCGAGGCCCCGCUGCAGCGCGGAGACGAUCCAAGUCGAUCCCAGCUCCCUCACCCUUGCUGCAUGCGCAGAUCCGUUUCUAAAGGCUUGCUGCACUUUGCUGCAGCAAGAAGAGCUCGGAGCCCGCCACCAGAGGCUGAGAAGGAGGUAUAUGAAUUUUCAAGCUCCUGUCAAGCAAAGAGACAGCAGAAGCAGCAGCAUGCAGCAACAGCAGCUUCUGCUGCAGCAGGCGGAUACUGCAACAGGCACAAGGCUCAAUCUACAAACCUCUCGCUCCUUCUCUAGUCAUGAGUCCGAUGGGGGGGCCCCCAUUGGGGGCUCCACACGUUAUAAUUCAGGUUAUUCAAAGGGUACAGCUCUUGGAAGAGAGUCUCUAAUCUCUUUAGCGUCUAGCAGGAGAGAGAGGCGAAGAGAUCGGAGACAGGUGCUGCAGCAGCAGCUGCGGCAGCAGCUGCAGCAGCAACAGCAGCAAGACCGUCUGGGGUCUCGUUCGCUGUCUCGGGGGCUGCGGAAUAUGGCCUCCGCCUCCAUAGCAAGUGCCUCUCGUCGGCGUCAAGGAGACAAACGAAGAGACAGAGACAGAGCCAGCAGCGGUCCCCAACCCAUGGAGACUAACGAUCGGUUGCAGACAAGUGAAACCCUGCUAGCCCUGCCCUUUACUGAAGAGAGACGAGAGACAACAGGCAGCGACAUUGCCUCAGCAUGGUCAACAGGAGACGUCUUCUGGCGUCUCUGGAGGGACUUUGAGGAGCAGCAAGAGAAGCAGCAACAGCAGCAGCAGCAGCAGCAGAGGCCGCUUCCAGCACUCAGCAGCGCACAACUGCAGCAGGGAGACACAGCGCACGGUCUCCGUCCUGGGCCCACCUUCGAGACAGGCCCCGCAUCUGUUGCCUCUGCAAGCGCCACGCUUCAACUGCAACAACAGCAGCAGCAGCAACAGCAGCAACAGCAGCAGCAGCAGCAACAGCAAAUGCUGCAGCAUGCAACUAACAAGCACCGCAGUGUCAAGUGUUCAAGACAUGCGCAGCUCCACGGCAGCAUGGUGCUGCACAGCCGGAGACGAACUACAUACUUUCGUCUCCCUAAGUCAUUCCGUCGAUGGGUUGUGUCUCAAUAUAGGGGCCCCGGGGGUAGCAGUGGAGGGGGGGCCCCUGCUAGCGGUGGGGGGCCCCAAGGGGGGGGCCCCCAAGACGAUCCCCAUGGGGGCCCCUGGGCUAGAGACGCUCCUUGUGGUGAGCGGCUAAGGCGUCUUAUGCUUGCUUCAGAGCCCUGGGCAAGCUUGAGCAUGAGCUUUACUGUCUCCGCAGAGCACUUAAAUCGUCUUGAAGGGACAACAGAUGCUACAGUGGAGCCGUGGAGACUGGAGACAGUUGGGCGUAAGGCCUCCUUAGCAGACCCUACACUCCUUGAUCUAAGGGCCUCUUGGCUUAACUUCAACUUUAAUGUAGCUCUAGCAGAUGCUCUCCUCGUAUAUGGAUAUGCUCUUAUAGGGGUUGUUGUUAGACAGCGCACCUUGCUGCAUCUGGGUAGCCCAAGAUUAGGGCCUAAGCACUCUCCUGCACAAGGGGGCCCCUGGGGGCCCCUUGGGGGUCCCCCAGGAGGGGGGGGGCCCUCUAACCGCGAUGCUGCAGCACUAACAUCUCAUGGGGGCCCCUUCAGGAGACCGGAGUCCAUAGAAACCCGCAGCGCGAGGGUAGGAGCUGCUGCACCAACAGAAUGGGGAGGAGGAGCCUUUGAUGUACGAUCCCAGCAGCAGCAGCAGCAGCAGCUGGGGGUGGGUGGUUCACGUGAGGAGAGUGAGGCGUCGCAUGCACUUGCUGCUGCUGCUGCUGCAGCAGAAGUACCGGGGUAUUAUGCUGUGCUGCGGCCUGAUGGGACAGUUGUUGGCAGCAGUGGGUUUGAUUUGUUUGCUUCGUUAGAAAAUGCGCUGUCUCUAGAUUUAUUAGGAGAUCAUUUGCUGCAGAGGUCUUCAGUUCAUAUGUCUCCUUGUGCGGAGUUUGCUGGGGACCAGCUCAAGGAGGCGCAGCAGCAGCAGCAGCAACAGCAGCAGCAGCAGCAGCAGCACUCAACGACAACAUCGGCUACUGCUGCUGUCCCGGAGGAGACAGCAGACAAGGACGCAGCAAAGCCUGGUCCCCUACUCCACCCGCAGCAGCAGCAGCAGCAGCACACUUCGCAUGCAUCUGCUGCUUCUUCUGUUCCCGAAGGAAGCAGCCCUGCAGCAGACCCCACAAACAGAGACCAGGCCAGCAGCAACCCGAUGCUCUACAACUUGCUGGGCCAACCAAUAGCCAUUAUGACAAAUUUGCACUGCGAAGAGGGGGCGGACGUGUUGAGUGGGCGUUGGUGUGUAGUGAAGGACCAAGGGAGUUAUUGUUUGCCUGUAGAUGAGAACGGGAGAGUGUCUCCUUUUUUAGUUCGUCUGCGUCUUUUGAAUUAUGUUUACGAUCUACCUUCUAAACUCUUUUGCUUUAAUACAGAGACAAGAGAGGUUAUCCGUCUCUCUGUCCCUGAGCAGCCUCUCCCCCCUGAUCUUCAUCUGCAGCAUCAAGCAGCAGCAGAAGCAGCAGACGAGGCAUCUGAUGCUCCUAAGAGGAAGGGCCCCUUUGCAAAUAUACCGGGGCCUCUAAGGGCUCGUAUACUUCCUAGUAAUGAUGCUUCUGGAUAUGAUGGUUUCAGAGGUGUAGGAAGGAGACAACGUGCUGGGGGUGGGGGCCCCUUAGGAGACAGUAGUUUAAGGCGUCUCCGUCGUCGUGAUUGGUUUAUACCGUCUGCAUUACCCCGACCUAGAUCUUCUGUUUAUUUAUUGUGGAGAACAUCUGCAUUUGCUUCAACUAGUGGGAACCCUCGACAUGACUUAUUUUUGUCUUCAUGUGUCUCCGUGCGCAACACCACUGAACUGUCUCUUGCAGUUAUACCUACUGUCCCUGGGCCCACCGAUGAAAGAACCUCUGUCUUUGCUGCAUUUCGUAAGAAGUUUGCUGUACAACCAUCUAAGCCCCCAACAUCUUCAAUGCCCCCGUUUGUUAGGGGGUUAGAGGCUCUCAAGCAGCAAGAACGAAGAAGCAAAAGGAGACAAAAUACACAUGAACACAUGCAACAGCAGCAACCCCUCAGGACCUUCCCCCCUGUAUUAAAGCUCCCAGCUAUGGAGCAUUAUAUUGUUGAAGACCCCACAAGUACAGAUAUAGGGAGAAAGUUUUCUAUGGUGGCGGAUUGCCCCUCAUCAGAUGAAGAUGCUGCUGCUGCUGCUGCUCCUGCUGCUGCUGCUGCUGCUUCUGUCCCAGCAGCAACAGGUACUGCAGUAGGUGCUGCGGCCAAUCCCUCUGCUGCUGCAGCACCAACUGGCAGCAGCAACCCAGCACAAGCCCACGGCAGAGUCAAGUUCGCUGUAGAGGGUCUCCUUCAGAACCGCCAGCAGCAGCUCCAGCAGCAGCUCCAGCAGCAGCAACUGCAGCAGCUGCUGCAUAGCAGAGCCCAAAGAGACAAAGCCUCGAAGGCAAGACACACACGACACACAGACAGCUCUGUUCCCCUACAAACUCCCGAAGCCGCCGAAGACCCCCCACCUGCACUCCCUACAUCAGCAGAUGCAGCAGCAGCAGAAGGUGCAGCAGCAGAAGGUGCAGCAGCAGGUGGGGGAGAGGGGACGGAAGCAGCAGUUGAGAGCGCCUGGGUAGACAGCGAGGCUUCACCUGCAUUUAUAGACGAGAAGGAGAAAGGCCCCGGUGCAGCGGGGGCCCCUGGGGGCCCCUGGAGCAAGAGCCCGAGGUCUCCUCGGGAAGAAGACAGUUUGCUGCCUGUUGCUGUGGUGAAGGAGCGGCGUCGACAUCGGCAACGUGUGGGGCGUGAGUUGGGGAACGUGGGGCGUGAUCGUGUGGGAUCGCGAUCCCAGGGGAGGCGGAGGAGACGAUCCCACGAGCGACCUCAGGAGAAGGUCCCUUUAACCCUUGGAGUCGAUUACAUUGUGCUUGAUGGAUCGCAGCAGCAGCUGCUGCCCCUGCCUCUCUUCUGGCAGCUAACUGAUAAUACACCUCUUUGGUGUUGUCUUGCCGAUAGAAUCCCCAAGUAUAAACACAAAAUCCGCAAAUUUGUACUUAACCCCAAAAACGCAGAUUUCCUUGCAGAGGAGAAAUCGCAGAGGGCCUUUACCGGGUCUUUGUUAGCAAAGUACAGAAACAAACGCUCGUGUCUCCCCCCUAAACAAAUUCAUAUUGAUGAUGGAGUCGCUCUCUCUGCUUCUGUGGUCGGAGUCGCCCUGCGCUCCAACGGCAUGAGCCGCUCGAACCUUGAGGGUCUCUUCUUUGAGAUUGUAUUGGAGCACUGUCUCUGCGUCUGCAACCGUUUGCCUCGACCCAUCACCUUGCGCUUCUCUCAGCGGGAUUGUGGGGGUGUCUCCUCCCAGCAGCAGCAGCAGCAGCAGCAGCCGCCGCAGCAGAUGCUGACGUUUGACUCGUUCGUAAGGCCUCCUCCAACGGAAAUGCAAAUUGAAGCUGGUGAAGAAGUGUCUCUUCCUGCAGACCCCUCGCAUAUAACUGUCGUCUUCGGGCCCAGAGUCUCUAGGCCCAUCGAUGUAGACUUCAUUAACGCUGGGACGAGCGUACAGCGUGUGGUUAUGCUGAACAGCAGCGAAGACAGCUCUUCUCGCAGCGGUCGUCGGGUGUCUCCUUUAGAUAGUGAAGGCUCAGGUUCUAUAUCAGGAGAGGAGGAGACAGGGGGUGGGGUAAAGGGGGAGGAGACAGCAGCUGAGGGCAGCAACCCCAGCGGUUGGGGAGCUGCCAAGACACUGGAACAAGAGUCUCUUCAUGAGCCUGCUGCUCUGCUGCUCUGGGCAGAGACAACAGAUCACAAAGGAGGCAGCAAAGCAGCAAACUCUUCAACAGCGCAGCGUCUCUUCCACGGCACUUUCGUUCGCACUCUCACCGUAUUCGCAGACUUCUGGGUGGUGAACAGGACGGGCUACGUGUUGCUGCUGCGGCGGCACGGGAAUGGGAGUCUGCAGUCAUUGCCUCCAUUUGAGAGAGUUAUACUAUCGCAUGACUUUGGGGCUUCUCGUUUAUCAGUAGGAUUACCUGCUUCUCAGUUCGGGUGUAUAAAAGACUUUGAUCUAUACACCCGAGAGGAGCCUAAAGGGCUUCUGCGAUGUCUUCAUGCAGCCUUCUCUUCUCAUACAGACACCGCAGCCUGGUCACAAGAGUUUCUUCUUAGUGAUAUGGGGGCUUAUAUUGUACAGCUUGAAAGAACAGAGAUAAACCCUCUGCUUCAUUACUCUGUCUCUAUGGGUAUUGCCCCUGCACCGUUCUCUCGUACAACAGUUGUUGAGUUCUUACCAGCUUAUGUCUUAGUAAAUGAAACCCAGAAAGCUCUCUGGAUAUGCGAGGCCCCUGGGGGCCCCGAUGCAAGGUUUCAUUUAUUAGAGCCAGGGACCCUUAUGGAGUUCCACCCACAAGGUAAAAGACCUGUCUCUAUUCUUAUUACUGCACUGCCUCAGAAGGGCCUUACAAGGAGACACGCAAAAUGCAUUACUUCUUGGAACAGCUCCCAGCCCGAGAACAACGAAGAAUCAACAUAUAACUAUAAUAAUAGUAAUAAUAAUAGUAAUAAUAAUAGUAAGGAGCAAGACAAGCUUGUGGAUGGUGUUGGUGGGGGAGACGCAGCAGCAUCAUCAGAUGAGUAUGAGGGGAGUCAUCCCCCGGUGUCUGUACAGCAGGGUGGUGUAGAAGGAGAGGGUUUGAUGGGUUUAGGUGGAUCUACCUCUCUUUCACAAUCUACUAGGGGGCCCCCCGAGGGCCCCUCAAGGGGCCUCGGGAACUCCUGGCAGCUAUCAGAUGAAGACAGCGGAGGAGAAGCAGCAGUGGGUAUUGUAUGGUCUGGACCAGUGGACAUAGACAGCGCGCGGUUGGUGCAGGUGCGUCAUCCUCAAGAGGUGAAGGCAGCAGAACCCGCAGCAGCAGCAGCAGCUGCUGCUGCUGCUGCUGCUCCCGGUUCUGCUGCUCCUGGUUCUGCUGCUCCUGGUGGCGGUGGUGCUGCUGGUGGUGGUAUUGGAGGGGGGGUAGGGAAGCCCCCGGGGAGGGGAGUCAGCAGCACGGGGAACAGCAGCAGCAGCAGCAGCAGCAGCAGCAGCAGUGCGUUCUGCCUGACGGAGGUGGAGGUGUGUCUCUAUUCAGGGGCGAAGUUUGUGAGGCUUAGAGACCCCCCAAUCCCUGACUUUGUUUUAAUUAAUAAAACCUCCUUCCCUCUCUUCGUAGGGCAGCACGGGGUAGCUGCGCAUGAAGUGUUGAUGCCGGUCCCCAGACAACACCUGAAAAAAAGCUACGAAUUUCUCGGCCGGUACGGGCUACCGUUUGCCUUCUACGACCCCACAAAAGAGAAGAAAUUAGAAGUAUGGAGGAUGUCCACAGCACCGCCCUCAGGCCAUCGCCUCUCUGGUCGUUUGUCUCAUCUGCAUUCACGUCUAAGAAGCAGCAGCAGACAGGGCAGCACAGUGAGAGCUUUUGCUUCCCUAACGCCUUCAGGGGGGCCCUUAGGGGCCCCUUUGGGGGCCUCCUACGGGGGCCCCCCAAUGGGCGCCCGUUAUACGGGAACGCUCGGGGGGGCCAUGAGAGUGGGGUCGCCGGAGAGGGGUUCGCUGCAGGUUCAUUCUGCUGCUGCAGCAGCAGCAGCAGCAGCAGCAGCAGAGGAGAUGGUGUCUCGUGUAGAUGGAGCAACGCUACGGCGCAUUCGGAGGGAGUAUGCGGAGAGCAUAAGCCUGAAGGCUUCUCAUGGGCAGCAAGGGUUGAUUCGUCUUGUGCUGCAGAGCAGCAGGGGCCCCACAGUGCCUGGGGGACCCCCUGGACCAGUGGACCGUGUGGUGGUUUGUGUGAGGAGACCAGUGGUCAAAGGCAGCACAUACUUAGUCUUCUUUGAAGCUACAACUAGAGCAACACCUGAUAUCGUUAGGAGACACUCUGGGGGUCUCCUUGCAGGUGUGGGGCGAGCAAUAGAACGCCCAGAGGCAUUCUUAACUAUGGGCGCAGAGGGGGCGUGGAGACUCGCGGAGACAGGAGCUAAUCAGAUAGAGAGACACCUCCCAUGGCCUUCUGCUGAACCCUGUGCUGCUGCUGCUUCAGCACAUGCACCCUCAUUGGUCCCACCUGCUGCUGCUGCUGCUGCUCAAAGCAGCAGCCAGUCAUCGGAGAAGUCAUCAGCAGCAGACGGCAGAUCUUUUGCAGCAGGUGGCGAUGUCUUUAUGGAUUCUCUUUCUCUAGCCAAUGGGGGCCCCCCUUAUAGGGGGCCCUUUAGGGGCCCCUCCAGGGGCCCCCUUGGUGUCCCCCCUAUAGGGAGGGGCCCCUCUCCCUGGUUUGCUCAGGAUGAGAUAUUGUAUGGUGGGGCUGAGGAGCAGCGGAGACCCUUUGGGUGCUUAAAGGAGCUAAAGGCAGGAGGAGGUCCGUUUGUUUAUUUUCCUAAGAAGAGACAGAGACAGGAGACAUAUGGAUCAAUUAAUGAAGGCCGAGGGGGUGAAGACAAGAAAGGAGACAGCGAAGAAGGAGCAGCAGGGGAGACAGAUGGAGAAGAGACAGAAGAUAUUCCACUGUUUAGCCGAGCUUUAAGCCUUAAUUUAGUAUUAGUAGGAGCUGGACUGUCUCUAAUCAACAGCAAACCUGCAGAGAUACUCUAUGGUUCUGUGCAGCAGCUCCAGUUAGCCUUCACCUCUACGCAAGAAGGAGAGAAGCUUCGUCUUAGUAUUAGGUGGGUGCAGAUAGACAACCAUGCGCCUCUUGCUUAUUAUCCUACAAUGUUACGACCAAUCACAGACAUGCAGGCAAGCUUCGGGGAAGGAGACACCUCAGCAAAGUCAGCAGCAGCAGCAGCAGCUGCUGCUGCUGCUGCUGGGGGGAGAGACAACCAGGGGGUAGAAGACACCCCAGAAAGACGCCGAGGCACCCACGUACAAUACAGAGACACCCCACAACAUCCAGGGCCUCUGUCUCCUCGUAUAGGAAACAGGAGACAGGCGCAAGUAGGUUUAGGGUCUCCAAACGGAACUGAAAGUGAAGAUCGCGAGGGAGGAGACAGUGGAGUUGGCUGGCGCCGAAGUAGCGUGUGCAGCAGCAGUCCCUUGGGCAUACUACAGCAGCAGCAGCAGCUGCAGCAGCAGCUGCUACGUUAUGGCGCUGGUGUAUCUGCCGACGGAGACAAUAGAUGUCUGUCUCCUCUCCCGCUGCAGGAAGCAGAUGAAGCUUAUUCUCUGCAUGCGCAUGCAGGAGAUGAAGGUUUAAAGCUUCUUGCUGAAGACGAAGCUGUAGCUCAAUUGGUAGUAGAGAGACGCAACACAGUAGAUGGAAGGGGCCUAACAGUGAUUCCUCAGUGUGUUCUGCGGCUGUCUCCGAUGUCUAUUAACAUUGACUUCCAGCUAGCCCUUGCCUUGCUGCUCUUUGUUGAUGAUCUCCUACAAACAGCAGACUUAGAGCUUCUGCAGCAAAGUGUAAAGGAUAUACGCACCUCGGAGACAGACACCAACAGCGCCAGCUGGAGAGCCAUGCUAGGCCCUGUAGACGGUGCGCUGUCUGAGGUGAUUAGAGGGAGCGGAGACGGGGCAGGAAAAGUGUAUUUAGGGACACUUGAUGUGGGGCGUGUAGUAUUAAGGUGCAUCAAAGUCUAUGCGGCCCUCUAG